UUACAUUUUAUAGUUCACGGAUCACUCAUUCAAAUUAAGCAUCGUUCAUCGCUUCACGACAAAUUUGUUUCUUGAAUCGUGCUAAUUGCUACAUGAGUAUUUGUAACUUAGUUUAAGUUAAUUUGCAAUUUUGGUGUACUAUAAAAGGGGAUAGUGUUAUAUUCAGUUGAAUUUAAAUUUUAACACCAUGACCGACGUGGCAAAAAAGGUUCAGGAUUACAAAGAUUCACUUAAACAGAAGGCAGAGCACCUUAUUAUUAAAGGAUUUCCAGAAAAGAUAGUAAAGCUGAAUGAGCUGUUAGAAACACCUAACUUCCUGAAUAGAGAAUUAGUAGAUGUCCAUCAGGAUUUAAACAUUCCAGUUCCACCGCCAAUACAAGCAGUUAAUGAACCAAACGCUAAAAGAGCUAGACGAGAUUCGUCUGAGAUGUCAAGCAAUACAACGUUAGAAGGCACACGGGUGUUUGCUCUGCCAAAUGGAAGUGUCCCAUGUAAUAAACCUCUUAGUGACCUUAUUCACCUUGUCAAACCUCACAUAAGAGAGCUUAUUGAGGAUUCUAAUCUGCUAAAAAUGUGGAUUUCAUUCAUGAUUCCUAAAAUAGAGGAUGGCAACAAUUUUGGUGUGUCAAUACAAGAAGAUACAUUGGCUGAGGUUCAGUCUGUUGAAUCGGAAGCUGCAGCAUUCUUUGAUCAAAUCUCAAGAUACUUCAUUUCAAGAGCGAAAAUUGUAUCAAAAGUUGCCAAAUAUCCACAUAUUGAGGAUUAUAGAAGAGCUGUUGAAGAAUUAGAUGAAAAAGAAUACAUCUCAUUGUGGCUGGUGAUGUGCGAGAUUCGCAACCGAUACUGUUCGUUACACGACAUUGUCAUCAAAAACCUGGAAAAAAUCAAAAAGCCGCGUUCGUCGAAUGCCGAAACAUUAUAUUAGAAUAAUCUCAAUACAUGGCUACCGUAUAAAUAAUCUAUCUUGUUUUUUAUUCACUAGAUCUUUGAAUUAAAAUAUCCGUUCAUCUCUUAGAUAUUUUUAUGCACAAAAGUAAAUUUGACGAAUAUUAGUACUACCUUCAUACAUUUAUUUAUUUUACUACCUUCACAUAUUCAUUCAUUUACGAGUACUAAUUCGAGUUCAUUACGAUACUAUAUCGAUACGAUUUGUUUUGCGCCAAAAAUACAAAAAGUAAAAUUAGAGUGUCUAUCAAUUUGAGCAUGAUAUGUAGUUUGAUCAACUAAACCUCAAUUACAUAAUUAGGAAAAAUCCGCCUUUAUUUUAAGGUUGCAUAUACUACAUCCACAAAUUGAGAUUACUUAAAUUAACUAAUACCAGCAUUUAAUAAUCUAUAUUUCCGCCUCUAGUGGAUUGAAAAUAAGAUUGUUGCUGAUCAUUCAAAUCUAUAGCCAUCUUACCAAGUAGUUUCGACGUAAGUUGUACAAUAAGGUAUUGACACAAUAUUUAUCAUGAUAUUUAACUCAAUAAAGGUGUAUAUCGACAUUUUUAUCGACCGGUUACCAUGUUUGUUCGCUUUAACCACGAUUUGUAACCGCUACGGGUCGUAGAUUCGUAGUUUUAGACAAAGUUACUGCUAUAGUAAAAUCUACAACUUGCAAGAGAGCAACUAUUACGAAUUAUAAAAUUAUUACCAAUGCCCUACUUUACCGGAAAUUGUACAUAACAAUUUGCUUAGUUAUAGUCGAUACAUUUGACAAUAUAUAAGUAUUAAUAGUUAUAACAUGAUAAGUAUUGUAAAAAACCCCAUUGUUUAUGUAAUAUUAGGAUAACUUUAAUAUUCUAGGACCGUUUAUCGAAAUGGAAACUACUUCCGAAAAUGUGUUUGCAAAUUUUUUGAACAUUGACACUAGAUUGGUGAUACAUUGUGGUAUACAAGACUCGGGUGCCCAAUAUAAUAAUUACGCGUUUAUUCGUUGUAAAUUAUAAUAAAAUUGUGUUAUCAGAUGUCAAAUAUCUUUCAUUUGUACAUAGUCUAAUAAUUCAAUUUUUAUAAAACUCAUGUUCCAUAGUUAAGAUUUUAAUUGAAUAAAUGUAUUUCACGCUA